CUUCCUGUUUAGUGUGGGGAGAGAAAAAAAACAAGGUGAGACCGUAAGCAGUUCAACAAGUAACAAUGUCGGCGUUUAAUUAUAACUAUGCGAUUGUAAGUCGAAUCCCCAACAGUUUUAAAUACAGUGGUCAACAGUAUUCAAAUAAAUAUGAAAAGGAGAACGAGAUAGACGUAGAAAAGGCGAGAGAGGAGCAUCGACAACUGAUAGAGACGCUAAAAAAGUGCGAGGUACGAGUUAUCGAACUUCAAGAGGAGGAGGACUACCCUGAAUGCUGUUUUGUGGACGAUUGUGCUGUCGUUAUCGGCGCCACGGCUCUCAUCACGAGGCUGGGACAAACUACACGUCAGGGCGAGGUCGCAGAGAUUCGUAAAGUACUGAAAGAUCUUAAAUUUCGUAUCGUGGAAAUUGUUGAUCCUGAUGCCAUUGUAGAAGGAGGAGAUGUACUGUUCACAGGGAAAGAAAUUUUUGUUGGCCUUGGACAGGGAAGAAGAACAAAUGAGCGGGGGGCAUCAGCUGUUGUAGAUGCUUUCCCAGAAUACAAUGUGACCCCUGUCCGGAUUGACGGACAGGUCCAGCUGAAAUCUCUGGUGUCGAUGGCCGGGAAGGACAUCAUAGCCGUGGGUAACAGUCAGAACGCCAACAGAGUCAUGCAGGUUUUAGAUGAGAAGAUAACAUAUGCAAAACACAAAGUGCAGCUAUCAGAAAUAGAAAAGUCAGGUGGUGUAUUAUCCAACCUUGUGUUAUUCCUCAAGAAAUCAAGUCUUCCUAAAGAGAUUGUGUCCACCAUUACUUCUCGAGAUGUCACCAUGUAUUCAGAAGUCAACUUCAUGUGAAUAAUAGCUGUAUUUCUGAUAAUGUGUUGUAGCAUUUAUAUCCUCUAAUAUGUUACAUGUUAGAUGUGCUUUGAUUAAUUGACAGUAUAUGCUUGAAUAUAAACACAUUUUUUUUUUUUCGUUCAGGCAGCCUGCUUUUGGCUUUUUUUUUUUUUAAUAAAAUAUUUCAUUUUUGCAGUUGCACAGAAUUUUACAGAGCUUUUGCUUGCCAUCUGAGAUGAAAAUAAUAUUUUAUACAAAGUUGGCAUUGCUUUAUUAAAUAGGUGUAUUUUUGUUGGAAUUUCACAAAGACUUUUUUACAUGCUGUAGAUCAGUUACAUUUUGUUCAUGUUCUCAUGAUUGAAGUUUUUGUCUGAUUAUUAAAUAUUGCUGUUACACUGUACAUGUGUUAACUUUGACAAAUGUCAUUUAAACCAUGUCUAAUUUUAUUGCUCAGUUGUCCAUCAAGAUAAAAAUCAGAUGGCAUUGUGUGAUAACAUUCCCCUGAGUUAUUUUGUGUUUACAUUGUUAGGUUGUGAUCAAUCUGAUAUCAGAUGAUUCCAUGUACACAUUCCUUUGAACACUUUUUAAGUUUGUGAUAAAUCUUGGAGUUGUGAAACAAAAACAUUUACUGUUUUUUGCACAGUCAGGGAUCUGAAGUUUUGUAAUAAUUCUUUAUAAUAUUGUUACAUUGUGUUAAGCCACUUUUUCAUGUACAUUAUAUAAAUAUACCAGACAGCAGUGAACCAGAUAGGGUUUUUUUUGGUGAAAAUCACUUCAAUAUUGUUGGCUUUUUAUAUAUGUGUUUGUUGGUUCUAUAAUACAUAUAUUAAACUUUAUGCAUAAAUAAUCAUGUUCAGAAAAUUUAUAUUUGUAUUAUUUAACACAAAAUGUUGUAAAAAUUUAUUUUUUAUUUGAAUAAAAUAAGAUCAAAUGG